UCCCGGGCGCCCGGGGCUCACAGCGUCUGCCGCCUCCUGUCCCGCAGGGCCCAAGGCUUUUAUGCCAGAGAUGCUGGUGUCGCCCACAGGAAAAACCUGGGACUCCUCAGAAAGAUAAUGUGUCAGGGAAGUACUAAAUUCAAGAACGUUUGGACAACUCAUUCUACAUCUCCUAUUGCCUAUGAAAGAGGAAGAAUUUACUUAGACAAUUACCAGUGCUGUAUUAGCAGCAUUGCACAAGAGCCAAGAAUACUUUAUCAAAAGCCAAAGUGUUCUAAGUCAGAAAAAAUAGAAGAUGCUUUAUUAUUGGAAUGCCCACUGGGGGAAAUGCUGCCAAGUCCAUCAGACUAUAAAUCUUCCCUGAUAGUCUUGACAGUGCAGAACUGGCUUCUACGUCUCUCUGCUGAUAGUGGAGAAAUACUGGAAAAAGUAUACCUUGCCGGUUCCUGUUGCAAAUUCAGGUAUCUGAGCUGGGAUACUCCUCAAGAGGUAAUGGUUGUAAAGUCAGCUCAGAAUAAGCUCCCUGCAGCAGCACGACAGGCAGGUAUCCAACAGUCUGUAUUGUUCUAUCUUGCUGUAUUCCAAGUUUUGCCUCUUUCAUUCAUUGGAAUGCUAGAAAUAAACAAAAAGAUAUUUGGUAAUAGUGUGACAGAUGUUGCUGUUUCUAAUGGAAUCCUGAUUGUAAUGUAUAGCGUGGGUCUGGUCAGGCUCUAUAACUUCCAGGCCAUCGCUGAACAGUUCAUGGAACAGCCGUUUGAUUUGGGACAUGAAUUCAACUGGAAUGGUCAAGUGGGAGUUGUAGGAAAGUAUCCAUUUGGUCUUCCAUGUAACAUUAAAAUAACAGAUACCCCACCUUUGCUAUUUGAAGCAUCUUCUCUGGAGAAUGCAUUUCAAAUUGGAGGUUACCCUUGGCAUUAUAUCAUCACACCUAACAAGAAAAAACAUAAAGGAGUCUUCCAUAUUUGUUCUCUGAAAGACAAUGCUUUGGCAAAAAAUGGCAUACAGGAUAUGAAAUGCUGUUCACUGGAACCUGAUUGGAUAUAUUUCCAUCCAGACAUGUCAGGUAGAAUAAUCCACGUGGGACCAAAUUUGAUAAAAGUCUUGAAGCUUAAGGAAGUUAAAAAUAAUACAGAUCAAAUGGAGAUUGCAGAAGAUUUUACGAUUGUGGCCAACAGAGAAGACUCUGUGAACAACGCUGUUACUGUAACGGCUUCUGGUCGAGUGGUGAAAAAGCGUUUUAACUUACUGGAUGACGACCCAGAACAAGAGACAUUCAAAAUUGUGGACUAUGAAGAUGAAUUGGAUUUGUUAUCCACUGUGGCAGUUACUCAAAUAGGAGCUGAUGGAAGAGCUCACCUUGACUUUCAUUGUAAUGAACAUGGGAUUCUACUUAAGAGUAUUCCAUUACUGGAGUCCUGGGAUGUGACUUACAGCCAUGAACUUUACUUUGACAAAGACCUUGUAUUACAUAUAGAACAGAAGCCUAACAGGAGAUUCAGUUGUUACGUUUACCAAAUGGUCUGUGAUACUGCAAAAGAGUGUUUU